AUGUUAGACAGUUUCAAGGCACAUUUUGGGAAAAAUCCAUUACAUCUUGCAAGAGUUUAUCGCGACCUUCAAGUUUUUGGUAUCCUCGAAAGAGCCGAGGCGGAGAAGAAGAACUCCUUCAUUGGAUUUAUGCUUGCCAACAACUUUCUUCGGCUCUACGAAUCGGCUGAUGUGCGGAAUGCUCGAUUCAAUAUUUGCCAUGACAAUAUUUGUGACUUCACGUGGCGUUUUGUUCGAAUGAUAGGACAACUGAAACAACACAAGAUAAAGUGUCCUUCUGAAUGGAAAGUAAGAAUGGGAGCAAGUGUCGAUGGAACUCAGAUGAGAACAAACGAGCCAAGAGAUCCUGACAUGCGGAGAAAUCCCAAAAAUUAUGCCUACAAAUUCAACUUUGCUGGUCUCAACUAUCAAAUUGUCCUUUCCCUUUGGACGAACAAUGUGUGGUAUGCAAAUCUUGGAGAUACAGGCAGUACACAUGACAUGACAUCAAUCCGCAAAGAGUUCAUUGAUAUGGUACCAGAGGGAUGUCGAGUUAUUGCUGAUGCUGGCUACAGCGGCAAGUCCGAAAGGGAAAAGCGGAUCUUUGCAGUUGUUUCGGAGAUGGACUCGCCGGAAGUGAGAGCUUUUAAAGGUGCUGCAAAGGCAAGGCAGGAAGUAUUCAACAAAAAGAUGAAGGACUUCGAUUGUUUAACAAAGAGAUGGAUUCAUGGAGUCGACAACCACAAGCUUGCUUUCAAUGCAUGCUUGGUUCUCACUCAAUAUGCGAUUGAAGACACCUCUCCACACGGAGAGCCCUUGCACACCCUCUAG